GGCGCUCAGCGGUCACGUGGGCUCCAGGAGGCUUCUCCCUCCGCCCUCCACGUCUUUAAAAGGAAGGAGAGGCUUGUUAAGUGGUUUGUGAUCUUUGCAGCGUCUCUGCUACUGGACCUUUUUUGACACUCACUCCUCCAUCCUUGCGGCGAGGCGGCCCUAAGCGCGGAGGCUUGGAGAACCGCCUCUGGGAACUUGCGGGGGGCAGAGGAGGCGGAGGGACCCCGGGGGAGAGGGGCCGAGUUCACAAUUACUCCCGCAGGAGCACGCGUCCGAGCUUGAGAGAUCGCUGGGCUGCUGACCUGCAAGACAUUGCAUAUGCCUGUGAGACAUUGAGGACAUUAUAAUGUCCCUUUGUGCCUCUUCUCACAAGGAGUUUUCUCAGCUAUUACCUAUUCAAGACAUGGAUAUAAAAAACUCACCAUCGAGCCUGGACUCUCCUGCUUCCUACAACUGCAGUCAACCCAUCCUGCCCUUGGAGCACGGCCCCAUAUACAUCCCUUCUUCCUAUGUGGAGAGCCGCCAUGAAUAUUCGGCCAUGACAUUCUACAGCCCUACUGUGGUGAAUUAUAGUAUUCCCAGUAGUGCCAAUAACUCAGAAGGCGGGCCUGGUCGACAGACCACAAGUUCAAAUGUGUUGUGGCCAACUCCUGGGCAUCUCUCUCCUUUAGCGAUCCAUUGCCAGUCAUCACUUCUAUAUGCGGAACCUCAAAAGAGUUCCUGGUGUGAAACAAGAUCACUAGAACAUACCUUACCUAUAAACAGAGAGACACUGAAAAGGAAGGUUAGUGGGAGCAGUUGCAUCAGCCCUGUUACUAGUCCAAAGAAGGAUGCCCAUUUCUGUGCUGUCUGCAGUGAUUAUGCGUCAGGAUAUCACUAUGGAGUCUGGUCCUGUGAAGGAUGUAAGGCGUUUUUUAAAAGAAGCAUUCAAGGGCAUAAUGAUUAUAUUUGUCCAGCUACAAAUCAGUGCACUAUAGAUAAGAACCGGCGCAAAAGCUGCCAGGCCUGCCGGCUUCGAAAAUGUUAUGAAGUUGGAAUGGUCAAAUGUGGCUCCCGGAGAGAAAGGUGUGGGUAUCGUAUAAUGCGUAGGCAGAGAAAUUCUGAUGAGCAGCUGCAUUGCCUGAGCAAAGCCAAGAGAAAUAGUGGACAUGUGACCCGGGUGAAGGAGCUGCUGCUGAGCGCCCUGAGUCCAGAGCACUUGGUUCUCACGCUACUUGAGGCAGAACCACCCAACGUGCUAGUGAGCCGGCCCAGCACACCCUUCACUGAGGCCUCCAUGAUGAUGUCCCUGACGAAACUGGCUGACAAAGAACUGGUGCACAUGAUUGGUUGGGCCAAGAAAAUUCCAGGCUUUGUGGAGCUCAGUCUGUAUGACCAAGUGCGGCUCUUGGAGAGCUGCUGGCUGGAGGUGUUAAUGUUGGGGCUGAUGUGGCGCUCGAUCGAUCACCCUGGCAAGCUCAUCUUUGCUCCAGACCUCGUUCUGGACAGGGAUGAGGGAAAAUGUGUUGAAGGAAUUCUGGAAAUCUUUGACAUGCUUCUGGCAACAACUUCAAGGUUUCGUGAGUUAAAACUCCAACACAAAGAGUAUCUCUGUGUCAAGGCCAUGAUCCUUCUCAACUCCAGUAUGUACCCAUUAACUGCAGCACCCCAGGAGGCUGAGAGCAGCCAGAAGCUAACUCACUUACUGAAUGCUGUGACCGAUGCCCUAGUCUGGGUGAUCGCCAAGAGUGGCAUCCCUUCCCAGCAGCAGUCCAUCCGCCUGGCUAAUCUGCUGACUUCUUAUGUCAGGCAUGCCAGUAACAAGGGCAUGGAACACCUACUCAGCAUGAAGUGCAAAAACGUCGUCCCUGUCUACGACCUGCUGCUGGAGAUGCUGAAUGCCCACACACUUCGAGGGUCCAAGUCCUCCGUCGCAGGGUCUGGGGGCAUCCCAGCAGAGGAGAGAGACUACACAAGUCAGAAAAACAAAAAAUGAAACCAAAUGAUGCAGUGGCUUAUUAUGCAGUAGUUAAGUUGGAUUCUGAUGCCCAAGGUAAGCACGAGUUUGGGCUCAGGUGUCCAAGCACCUUUCUAUGCUAAAUCCUUGCCUAUCUGGACUAGUGCCUGCUCUCUGUGAAAACACAUCCAGUGUGUGCUUCUCAUCUUCCUCAAAUAUUUCCUGCGUGCUUCCCAAGGCUACUUGUCUAACUACACUUGAAUUUAGCCAGCAAGGAGGCUGUGGCACUUUGGUGAUUUCAUCUUGGCUCAUGUGUCACCUGAUAUGCUGGCAGUUUAGUCUACCCUGGGAGGGUCUUCUGUGCAAGGCUGUUGCUUAGACCAGGGUCUAAGACAAGUGAGCAGUUGAGAUAACAAAGAUAUUCUUUGUAUUGUUGAGAAUAGCCUACGUCCUUCCCUCCCUCCCUUGAGAUGAAGUGCUGUACACCUCCAUGCCCAUCAGUUCCAAGUACAGCCUUUAUAAAUGCCAGCAGCGUGCAAAGUCAGGCUGCCAUUUUUGGGUAUUUUGGAUAAAGUCUCGGUGUUUAUUUUAAAGAUUAGUCAUUUCUCUUUAAUAGGCUUCCUUUUGGAGGUUGUCAAAAAUGGUCCAUGGACAAUUUAAAAUUGCCCCAUGGCUACUGCAGUGAUUUCAGUAUUUUCAAGUACAGUUUUGCACUGAACUUUCAAGUUCAGUUCAGGAAUUAAUUAGGAACAAUAAACCUGACAACUAUCAGCAGGACUUGAAUAUGGGGGAAAAAAAAAAAAAAGCCCAAAACAUCGAACUAUGCUUUAUGUGCUAGGAAAAAGUGAUUUUUGUUUUUGCUUCUCACUCUUGUGGCGAGAUUCCUUUUCUCAAUCUUGAUUUAUCAUUUAAUAAGGGAAACUUAUUUGUAGAAGAUGAUGGAGAUUUGGGCUUAAUUCCAAAAACAUGAGUGUCUAAUAUGGGGGCAUAUGGACAAACUUUAGUAAAGUAAGUUACCGUGGAAGAGUCUUAAUAUUGAGAACACUGGGAAAAGAGAAAGAGUGGCACCUGCAUAGUCACAGGUGGGCGGGAGAGCUGCUGCUCUGCCAAAAGGACAUUGGAAGAGUGUUCACUCAGGUGCUGGGAGGACCCUCAUGGGUCAUCCCAGAGUGAGGUGCACAGUGAGUGUCAGGUCGUGGGUCUAACUGGGUGUCCCCUGAUCUUUGCCAUGUUCCUGAUCUGGUCUCAGCUCCGUCACAUACUCGCUGUUCACAGGGGAUUCAGUCCUAACAAUCUUGGGGAUUUUUCAUGAAAAAAUUGAGGUGGGAACAUAGUAUUAAGCUGUCAGACUAAUAUAUCUGGAGGGCCUCAACUGUAUUAAAAACAGUACAAUACAAAUUAACAAAAAUUCUCCCGAGUGAGAGACUUUAUCUUAAAUAUUUCCCCUGCUAACUCAGCUGGAAGGGCAAUUAUUUUAGAUUUUAGUGAAAAAACAAAACAAAAAACCAGUAACCAAUUCUUGGCAGAGCUACAUAUUACACACAUAUAUAAAAUAAGUUGAAGCACUUUUAAGUUGAGGCACUUUCUACCAACAAAAUUUGGUUCUUAUUUAAAUCUGGUAAGGGGUUUGCAUGUAUAGACACCUCAAGUUCAUGGUGAACCUUCAAUUUCUAAGUCUAUUUUGAAACAAAAUAUUUUUAAGAUUUCACACAUUUCUUUCAAAGCUGCUAAAAUCUUUAAAAACUGGAAUAAAGGCUAUGUGAAGGAAAUGAUAAAAACAUCAUUUAGUACCUGAAAACAUUUGUGGGGCACUUGUUAUAUGAUAUGCACAGUUCUCAGUGCCUCAUACACUCAUAUUUAGUGCUUUAAGUAACUACUUUAAUCCUAAUUUUCUGGCCGUGGGAAAUGAGAGGAGUAGAAGCAAACUUGCUCAAGGUCAUAUGGGGAGUAAGUGACAGAGCUGAACACAGGCAGUUGAAGUUCAGUGCUGAAAGUAAUCAGGCAGUUUAACUGGUUAAAUAUAUACAUUUAGACUGCAGAAUCCCUCAAAUUCAAUGACCCAAAUGGCUGCUCUAGUUUGAUGGGGAACAUGCCCCGUAGACACAGUAACGGAGCCUGCCUGGCCAGCACUUUUCCUGCCACAGAACUGGCCGUGAGAGUCCGCUGUUUGCAGCCAAGGCUCAGGGUACAGCAGAGAGACUGUUAAGCUAUGGUUGUUUUCUAUGGUUCCUUUAGCUACCACCUUCUCAGCUUCUAUAGGACUGCAUGAACCUUUCCAGAACAGGCAGAAAGAAACAGAUGAAUGGUGACACUCCAGUCCUCCUAUUCUAGGCUCAUCAGCUAGUGCCGCCACCUCCUUCUGUCAGUUACUGCUUCCCUAGAUGCUCUGAAGUGGGGUAAGUUCUUUAGAAAUGUACCCCUGUAAAAUUCUCACCCCCUUUUAUGCAUUGACACCUCCCUGUGGAGUCUGGUAUACUAUAGUGUGAAACACAUGCCACUUAUUUUUUAUAGCUCCAAAGUUGCUGGGAUUUUGGCUCCUGUGGCAGGUUGUAGCUAUGUGUUGUCUCUGUGAUAUAUGAUCUUCUUACAGUCAUUUUUGUUUUGGAGUCAAGGAUCCUAUACACUGGUGGGACCACUGUUCUGUGAUGGCGAGUUUUCUUUAUGGGAAGGGCAGAGGUGUGAUGAUGAUGCUGGCCCAGAGCAACUCCUGUUUAUCUGCACAAUCCAUGUGGCUGCAUUUUUUCUUCCAGUGUUGGGUGUCCAUAUGCCACAAUUAACGGUCCUAUAACUUUAUUAUUCAGUGGUCCUAUGUACUCUAGAGCUUGGUGGCUACCUAUGAUUUGUAAUUUUUUUUGGAUGAAUGCUUUAUACCAAAAGCAGGCUUUUAAAAUUUGAGCUUUUAUACAAAUGACUGUUUGCUAUUGUGUGAAAGCAGGUUUUGAGAUCCACUUUCCAUCCCUCCAAGUACUACUAUUUCUGUGCUGUAUACCUUCAACAUCUAUGGAACUGUUGCAGAAAAAAUUUUAAUGUGGAAUAAGCUAAAUAAAGUGUUUUUCAUAAUUUUGCUUUAAAAAGUGUAUUUGUUGGGAGUUAAGAAUAAGAUUAAGAAGUUGCAGUAACCGGGUAAAGUAGUCAAUGUUCUUGCGCUGUUCUGAAUUCU